AUGAUGUCCAAAGAAAAGAGUCUCUUGUUAAGGUGCUGUUCUCUUUCCUUGGCUCUUUUCAUUCUUCUCGGUGUUGGAGAGGGACAUGGUGAAAUUGCGAGUAAUAGUACCAGCAGCAGCAGCAGCAGCUUCAACUUUGUCAAAACUAGGGGAACUGAGUUUGUGAUGAAUGGGAGGCCAUUAUACCUCAACGGCUUCAAUGCAUAUUGGUUAAUGUACAUGGCAUCUGAUCCAUCUACGAGGACGAAGGUAUCAACCACCUUCCAACAAGCUUCCAAGUAUGGAAUGAAUGCAGCCAGAACUUGGGCUUUCAGCGACGGUGGCUAUAGGGCUUUGCAACAAUCUCCUGGUUCCUACAACGAGGACAUGUUCAAAGGUUUGGAUUUCGUAGUUUCAGAAGCAAAGAAGUACGGGAUCCAUCUCAUACUUACUUUGGUCAACAACUGGGAAGGUUACGGGGGAAAGAAACAAUAUGUCCAGUGGGCGAGAGAUCAAGGACACUACUUGAACAAUGAUGAUGACUUUUUUACCGAUCCAAUUGUCAGAGGCUACUUCAAAAACCACAUCAAGACUGUUCUCACAAGAAUCAACUCCAUAACGGGACUUGCAUACAAAGACGAUCCGACGAUAUUUGCAUGGGAGCUAAUGAAUGAACCUCGUUGCCAAAGUGACCUAUCUGGAAAAGCUAUUCAGGAUUGGAUCUCAGAAAUGGCAACUCAUGUCAAGUCCAUCGAUAGCGAUCACCUCCUAGACAUUGGUCUUGAAGGAUUUUAUGGAGAGUCUGUGCCCCAAAAGAAGGAAUAUAAUCCUGGUUACCAAGUUGGGACUGACUUUAUUUCCAAUAAUCGCAUAGUACAAGUGGAUUUUGCCACCAUUCAUUUGUAUCCUGACCAAUGGGUACCCAAUUCGAAUGAUGAGACUCAAGCACAAUUUGUGGAUAGAUGGAUCAAAGAGCACAUAGAUGAUUCCAAAUAUUUGCUCGAGAAGCCACUUCUGUUGACCGAAUUCGGCAAGUCUUCAAGAUCACCUGGGUACCAAGUCGCCAAAAGGGAUGCGUAUUUAUCACAUGUAUACGAUACCAUCUACGCUUGUGCAGCAACUCGUGGCGGCGGCGUAUGUGGUGGUAACCUCUUUUGGCAAGUCAUGGCUCAAGGGAUGGAAAGUUGGGGCGAUGGAUAUGAGAUUGUCUUGGAAGAGAACCCUUCCACUGUAGAAGUAAUUGCUCAACAAUCCAACAGGCUAUCAUCUCUUACCUAA